UACAAAAAACAUUCAAUUAAAUUAAAUGAAUAUGACAGGAACAGGUUCCCCUUGUGGCGCCUGCAAAUUCUUGAGAAGAAAAUGCGUUCGGGGCUGUGUGUUCGCCCCUUAUUUCUGCCACGAACAAGGCGCCGCUCAUUUCUCAGCCAUUCACAAGGUCUUCGGCGCUAGCAACGUCUCCAAGCUCCUCGCCCACCUCCCCAUCUCCGACCGCUGCGAGGCUGCCGUCACCAUCGCCUACGAAGCCCAAGCCCGGCUCCAAGAUCCCAUCUACGGCUGCGUUUCUCACAUCUUCGCCCUUCAACAGCAGGUUGUGAAUCUGCAAGCUCAGCUGGCUUCUCUGAAGGAGCAAGCAGCUCAUUCCAUCGCAACUGCAGCAAACCCUAAUGCCGAUUUGCAGAGCUGGUAUCAAAAUCAGCCCCAAUUGGGAUCGGAUUUCCACGGCUAUUUCGGAGGUGGGGCGGAGAUCAAUCCCAACGCUUCUUCUGGUAAUAAUCAGUCCUUUGGGAGUUUCGAUUCGGGGGAGAUGGAGUCAGAGGAGAGGCAAUGGCCGUUUCAAGAUGAUCUCGAGUCAGUUGCAUUCAGAUAUAUUCACCAUUGAAUAAUUGAUUUCUAUAUAUUUAGGGCUUUUUUGCCAGAAAGAAUACAUGAUCAUCCAAAUUUUUGUAUUAGUGGUUUUUGUCUGCAAAAUUUGAUGCUGAAAUUGGAAACCCUAGAAAUGCUUGUGCUGUCGGAAAACGGUUCAUCGCCGCCUAUGAUUGUUUUCUUAGAUCAUGUGUAAGUGUGACUUUGGAGUUUGGAUGAAUAUAUAUAUUAGAAAUUAUUUAUAGUA